AUGCGUAGCCCGAAGCUCCGUAAACGCGAAGAAGCUGCGACGGCGAAGUGGUCGAAUCUUUGUCUGGAUGUGAUCCAGAUGGUGUUGGAGAAACUGAGCGCCACCGAUUUCAAUCGAGCCAAGGCCGUUUGCUCGGGAUGGCUGUCUGCAUCUAGACAAAGCGUGCGAAAACAGAAUCAAACCCCAUGGCUGAUUCUCUUCCCUUACGAGAGAUCUUACGGCUAUUCUUGUCGCAUGUUGAAUCCUGGGGAGAAAGGUUUGGUGUACAGAAGUCGAAACCUGGGUGUGGAGUUCACGCAGAGUCGGUGCAUUGCCACUUGCGGAAGCUGGCUCCUUAUGUAUCUUGUUCGUGGCGGUCGACCCAAGCUUUACAUUCUAAACCCCUUGAGCCGGGACAGAAUCAAUCUACCUCCUCUGGAGUCCUGCAAAAGCGACAAUAUCUUCUCGGCUAAACGUUUUUGUAUCGGCGACCAACAACCCAGAAGAGAAAGUGCACUCACUGACCUCUCAUCCGAGUGGGAAAAAUCAGUUUUGUGGGUAGAAGAAAGAAGCAAAAAUUACUUAGUGGUUUGGUCACAUGGGGAUUGUCUUUUCUUCUCCAAGAAAGGAGACAAUGUUUGGAGGAUGUUUCAUGUCCGGAUUAUUGGGUUAACCGACUUUGUAUGCAAAGGCCUCAUGCUCUACAUGUAUAUUAGGCUUUCUUUCAUUGAGAUCUAUGACUUCUCUGGGGACUCUCCUGUUGCUCUAACCCAUCCUCCAUAUCCCUUCUACCGUCGUCCUCGUUUCUUGUCCCCUUUCAUUAUCAACAGGAUUGCUGUUACUACAUCUGGUGAGGCUCUCUUGGUCACAAUAUACAAUAUCCACAAAACCUCCCGCACCUUCUACGUCUACAAGAUGAACCAUGCCACCAACAAAUGGGAUGAAAUGGCUUCUUUGGGCGACCAGGCUUUGAUCGUCGACCUUGGAAUCACCGUGUCUGCCAAAGAUGUUCAAGGAUUCAAGUCAAAUUCUAUCUAUUUUAGUGGUGUCGGUUUUGGCACUGAUCAUAUAUUUAUCUACAGUCUCGCUACUCGCAAGGUAGAACCAUUUAUGGCUUCAACUAACAAGUUCUUUGAUGCUCGGUGGUUCAUCCCCAAUGUGUGA